CUACCUCCGUCGGAUCUCGCCGCCUCCUCCUCCUGCCAAAAUCGCCCCCAGGACCGUGGAAGCGUUCCAAGCCACAACGAAGAAGGCCAUAGAGUUGUGAGUGUGGAUGAUCACUUCGCCAAAGGCGAUGGAGCUACCGAUGAUAGCAAGGCAUUUAAAAAAGCCUGGAAAGAAACCUGCUCAUCUUCAGUAUCAGCUGUGCUUGUGGUGCCCAAGAGAAGGAGAUAUUUGCUUGAGCAACUCAACUUCACUGGCCCUUGCAAGUCUCCUGUCACAUUUCUGAUUAAGGGAACCCUCGCUGCUCCUUUGAAUCGAUCCGAAUGGAACGAUAAGAACAGAAGGCUAUGGAUCGUAUUUGAUAGCGUGAGGAACCUUGUCGUCAAAGGAGGAGGUACCAUCAAUGGCAAUGGGCAUAUUUGGUGGCAAAACUCUUGCAAGAGAAAUAAAACUCUGCCCUGCAUUGGCGCUCCAACGGCAUUGACCUUUGUUUCAUGCAAUUACUUGAGGGUGAAGAACCUAAGAAUAAAAGAUAGCCAACAAUUUCAUGUAGUAGUAAAAGAUAGUAGGGAAGUUAAACUCUCAAAGCUCUUCAUCCAUGCACCAGAAAAGAGUCCAAACACAGAUGGGAUUCAUUUGGAUCAUGCCAGUAAUGUUGUCAUAAGAAACUGCGAAAUCAGGACAGGUGAUGACUGUAUUUCUAUAUGGACUGGAUCCAAGAACGUCAGAGUUCAUAAGAUAUUUUGUAGAAACUUAGAAACUUGGAUGGAUCCAUUUGUCACUCAAUAAUGUAAAUGGUGAAGGAUGGGUUAAGCAAAUUUGGAUCCUUUUGCAGUAACACUGCCAUUUGAGCUGCACUAUUAGGUUAAGAGGAGUAUCCUUGAGAAACAUCUUAUAUUCUCUUUGAUUCGUAACAGACAUGAAAUAAAAUCUUGUUGCCAAAAACUAUAUCCGCAUGAUUAAAAUUCUUGAUAUUUCUAGGAUUACUUUGUAAUUAGAAGUUAGAACAUUCUUUUACCAGCUAUAAGAUGAGUUCCACAUUCCAAUGGUCAAUUUGUUUGAAAAAAGAACUGAUGAUAGUUAACUGUAUGGGCUGUCAUCAGUAGGUUCCACUGAAAGGUAUUUUCUGUUCCUUAGUCUAGAUCACCUUUUAGAACUGGUUGUUCCUUAUGUCUAUAUCCGUGGCUAUUAUGCAUUAGUGCCUAUACAACAUCAUUCAUUGGAAUCCUCAUGUUUAUCA